AUGUCUACUAUCGAAACACACAAUGAGUCUACUCCAACUGUGACGGCAUCUUUAUUACCUAUGAGUAUUCAAUAUUCUGGUCCUGCAAACACAGAAAGCUAUUUCGCCCCAUCGAAAAUGCAAGAAACUGAACCAAGCGGUAAACAAUUUGAAGUAGCUUAUUUUAGAGGUUGUAAAUUGGUAGGUAAUACUAUUGAUUUGAAACAAAGUAAUCUACAAGGAUAUGUUGUCAAUAAAGUAGAAAAUUUAGUACGAGAUGAAAUCUCUGGUGAAGUGAAAACUGCUUCUACAUUUAUUCCCGUUGCUAAAUUCAAUGAUUUAACAGUAUAUGGUCAUGAUGUUCCUGCUGCUCAGAAUGACCAGUGGGCGUUAAUACCAGAAUAUAUAAGUAUGAGUAAUAUAAUUAAUGAAUAA